AUGCCGCCGAACAGAUGGAGGAUGGCCAUGGAUAACUUCAAGGUUGCCGCCAUCGAUCGUCGCACACUGUUGAAGGGCUUUGCCCUUGCUGCAGGCAGUGUUUCGACCGGUGGUUUGUUUAUUGGUGUUGGUCAAGCCAGCACGGGCACCGGCGGGUUUUCGCCAAACGCAUUUUUGCAUAUCGCGCCCGACGGUAACACCACACUGUGGUGCGGUCGUUGCGAGAUGGGCCAAGGCAUCAGCACGGCGCUUCCCGCCGCAGUCGCUGAUGAGCUAGAAGUCGAUUGGGCGCGGGUUAAAGUGUUGCAAGGCGGUGCCGACGCUAAGUAUGGAAAGCAAAACACCGGCGGAUCGCAAAGCAUCAAUACCAUGUUAGAACCCAUGCGACAGGCAGGUGCUGCAGGCCGAGAAAUGCUGGUAACGGCAGCCGCGGCCCGUUGGGGGGUGUCCAAGGAUCAAUGCACCGCGCGCAAUCAUGCGGUGCAUCACACCGAUGGCCGAAGUCUCGGCUAUGGUGAACUGGCGGCCCAGGCUGCCACCCUGCCCGUACCGAAAAACCCGACGCUGAAAUCACGCAGUGAAUUUCGCUAUAUCGGCAAGCCGCUGCAGCGCCACGAUCAAGGCCAGAUCGUAGUGGGCAAGCGAGUCUACGGUUCCGAUGUUGUGGUGCCCGGUAUGAAAUACGCCGCAGUCCGGCAUGUCCCGGUGUUGGGCGGCAAAAUCAAGCGCGUCGACAAGACCGGGCUUGGUGAUUUGGCCGACAAGGUCCAGGUGGUCACCAUCGACCGUUUCGACCGUCCUUACGGCUCAGUGGGUGGCAUCGGUGUGGUCGCCGACAAUACGUGGAUUGCGCAACAAGCAUUAAAGCGGAUCAAUAUCGAGUGGGACCUUGGUCCCAAUGCCUCGUACAACACUGACGAUUACAAGGCCAAACUUGUUGAGCGCGUGGAAUCCACCGGCACCGUGGUUUCCGAGCGAGGCAAUGUGGACCAGGCUAUGGAAGCCGCCAGCAUUAAGCACUCGGGGACAUAUGUUGGUGGGCAUCUUUCCCACUCGCCGAUGGAACCCAUGGCCAGUUGUGUUGAUGUUCGCACUGAUCGCUGCGAGGUUUGGGCAUCCACGCAGGCUCCUCGUGCCAUUCAAGAAACGCUCGGUGAAUUUUUAGGGCGCGAACCGAACGAUAUCAUCGUGCACGUCAUGGCUGCCGGCGGCGCGUUUGGACGCAAGUUUAAGUGCGAUUAUGUGCAAGAAGCCGCUGCCCUAUCGCGAGCAGUGGGUGUGCCGGUCCAGCUGACUUGGUCGCGUGAAGAAGAUACCCGCUCCGGCUACUACCAUUCCUGCAGUGCGCAGCAUAUCGCUGCGGCGAUCGACGAAGACGGCAAUGUCAGCGGCUGGCUACACCGUGCAGCGUUUCCGCCGAUUGCGAGUCUAUUCGACCCGAGCAAUAACGGACCUGGCGAAGGGGAAAUGGGCGACAUUAUUAGGCAGCCGUUUGCCCUGGGCAGUUUUCGUGCCGAGGUCGGCGAAGCCCCAGCCCAUACGCGCAUUGGCUGGUAUCGAGCGGUGUACAACAUCUUCUUUGGUUUCGGGAUUAACGUCUUUAUCGAUGAGUUGGCCCGUAAGGCGGGUAAAGAUUCGGUGACGGUCUUCCGCAAGCUGUAUCGCGACUACGAGGGUGAAGAAGCCGCACGCGCCAAAAGGGCGCUGGCCGUUCUCGACAAGGCGGCUGAAAUGGGCGCCUGGGGACGCAAGGUACCGGCGGGCCAUGGCCUGGGAAUCGCCGUUCACUAUAGUUUUUCUAGCUACACCGCGAUGAUGGUGCAUGCCGAAGUGCAGGGUGACAGGGUUAAGGUACAUCGGGUGGAUUGCGCCGUGGAUUGCGGCUUGGUGCUAAACCCUGAUAUCGCUACCGCCCAAAUGGAAGGUGCGGUGAUUAUGGGGAUAGGCUUGGCACUGAAUACGGAAAUUAAGUUCAAAGAUGGUGCUGUGGUCAACUCGAAUUUUCAUGAUUACCCUGUACUUCGAAUCAAUGAUGCACCUACCGAGAUCAACGUCGCCUUUAUCGGUCAGGAAAACACGUCGACUGGCCUCGGUGAGCCGGGCGUACCAACCUUUGCCCCGGCGCUGAUCAACGCCAUUUUUGAUGCCAGUGGUAAACGCUACCGCUCACUACCGAUCAACCAAGCGUAA